AGCUGCGACUGAGUUUCCGAAUCUCUAAUCUCUUGCACUUCCCACCGCCUUGCCACCUGCUGGUCACCCACCCUUAGCAAGUGUCCAGUCUCAGAUGCCAGUUCCUAAGGUUAUUAGUUUAUAAGCUUGCUGAGAUGGGACUCAUCUGAUUCUCAGCAGAUACUCACCAGUUUCGUGACCUUGUCCAGUAGAAGGCUAUUUUAUUUUUGCAACUGCUUGAGUUUUGGUAUACAAGAUGAAGCAAGAUGCCACAAGAAAUGCUGCCUACACUGUGGAUUGUGAAGAUUAUGUGCAUGUUGUAGAAUUUAAUCCCUUUGAGAGUGGGGAUUCAGGAAAUCUGAUUGCAUAUGGUGGCAAUAAUUAUGUGGUGAUUGGCACAUGUACAUUUCAGGAGGAAGAAGCAGACAUUGAAGGACUUCAUUAUAAAACACUGCGAACAUUUCACCAUGGAGUCAGGGUUGAUGGCAUAGCUUGGAGUCCAGAGACUAGACUUGAUUCAUUGCCUCCAAUAAUCAAAUUUUGUACUUCAGCUGCUGAUAUGAAAAUUAGAUUAUUUACUUCAGAUCUUCAAGAUAAAAAUGAAUAUAAGAUUUUAGAGGGCCAUACAGAUUUCAUUAAUGGUUUGGUGUUUGAUCCCAAAGAAGGCCAAGAAAUUGCAAGUGUGAGUGAUGAUCAUACCUGCAGGAUUUGGAACUUGGAAGGAGUGCAGACAGCUCAUUUUGUUCUUCAUUCCCCUGGCAUGAGUGUAUGCUGGCAUCCUGAGGAAACUUUUAAGCUAAUGGUUGCAGAGAAGAAUGGAACAAUCCGGUUUUAUGAUCUUUUGGCUCAACAGGCUAUUUUGUCUCUUGAAUCAGAACAAAUGCCAUUAAUGUCAGCACAUUGGUGCUUAAAAAACACCUUCAAAGUUGGAGCUGUUGCAGGAAAUGAUUGGUUAAUUUGGGAUAUUACUCGGUCCAGUUAUCCUCAAGAUAAGAGACCUGUUCACAUGGAUCGAGCCUACCUAUUCAGGUGGUCCACAAUUAAUGAAAACUUGUUUGCAACCACUGGUUAUCCUGGCAAAAUGGCAAGCCAGUUUCAAAUUCAUCAUUUAGGACACCCUCAGCCCAUCCUCAUUGGUUCUGUAGCCGUUGGAUCUGGCCUUUCCUGGCAUCGAACUCUCCCACUGUGUGCAAUUGGAGGAGACCACAAACUGUUGUUUUGGGUGACUGAAAUGUAAAAUAAAUUUUCUUUGUAGUUUAGGUUCAUAAACUUUGUAUUUUUAGUACCUAUUUUGGAGAGUUCCUUAUUUUUAUAUCAAAUAUAUUGUAAACUCUAGAAAUAUCUCACUUGUUGCUUUUGUUAAAUAAAAUAUUGAUGGUUUGAAAAAUUA